AUGAAGAGCCUCAAAAGAGGGUUGACAGCUGACCCAAACGCCACCAAUAUAUCCAGCAAAGUCUUCAUCAGAUCCACCAAGAGUGGGCGAGUACAGAAAGUGGUGAGAGAGCAAUACCUGAGGAAAGAUAUCCCCUGCUCCUCACAAUUAUGCCCUUCUUGCGCGGGUACGGCUGCUGCCAAUGCCGUCGGAGUUGUCCCUAAAUUUGUCCUCUCGAAACGGCCCGCUGGAACGACGGCCUUUCCGAAUGGCCAUUACCUUAUGCCAGACACCAACGUAUUGCUCAGUGGAAUGGAUCUGUUCGAAGAGACGAGACACUUUCACGAUGUGAUCAUAUUGCAAACAGUCCUUGAGGAACUGAAGAAUCGGAGUCUUCCUCUCUACAAUCGACUGAUGGCAUUGACCAGAAGCGAGGAGAAGCGUUUUUACCUUUUCUUCAACGAAUUUCGAUCCGAGGCAGCGGUUAGACGAGCGGAUGGUGAGACAAUCAAUGAUCGAAACGACCAUGCUGUAAGAAAGGCGGCUGUUUGGUACACCAACCAUUUGGCACAAGCAACAGAAAGGGCCCCUGUGAUAGUGGUUCUCACCAAUGACCAAGGCAACAGGAGAAAAGCAGAGAAAGAAGGCAUAGUUGCGCUGUUCUUACGGGAAUAUGUCGAAGGGUUGGACGAUGCGGACCGCUUACUCGAUAUGGUCAAUCAAGGCGUAGAAGGCCACGAAGCUCAUGCCUCUCAAGGAGAACUCCUCUACCCGGAGUACUACUCCAUGUCCAGGAUCAUGACGGGCAUCAGAGCUGGUAUGUUACAUCAAGGCGUUUUCAAUGCGUCCCCGUACAACUAUUUGGAGGGCACGGUCAAAGUCCCCGCCUUCGACAGACCUUUAUUGAUCUUGGGAAGAGAAAACAGCAAUCGAUCCAUAUCUGGAGAUGUCGUGGUGGUUGAGAUCCUUCCAAAGGACCAAUGGAAGGCUCCGUCAUCUCAAAUCCUUGAUGAAGAAGCCGUCAACAGGAAUGAAAAUGCAGACGAUGAGGAACAAGGGGAAAGCGUGGUCACGGAGACCGAACGACGAGCGCUCCAGGAAGAUGUUCGACGAGCGCACAUCGCUGGCAAGGAAAACAGAGCGCAACCGACAUGCCGAGUGGUGGGUAUCAUGAAGCGUAACUGGAGGCAAUUGGUGGGCACGGUUGAUUCUACCGUUGGCGCCACGUCCGGAAAUCGACCGACCACGGUCUUCCUGAUGCCGAUGGAUAAGAGAAUUCCCAAGAUCCGAAUUCGUACUCGUCAACUCAACGAUAUGAUCGGCAAGCGAAUCGUCGCAACGAUCGAUUCAUGGGACCGAGAUACGAGACACCCUGUCGGGCACUACAUUCGGUCACUUGGUGAACUGGAAACGAAAGAGGCCGAGACCGAAGCCUUGCUGCUGGAGUAUGACGUCCAGUAUCGACCAUUUCCAAAAGCGGUGCUUGAUUGCCUACCCCAUGAAGGUCAUGGCUGGAAGGUCCCCGCUGAUGCCUCUGAUCCUGGCUGGAAAGGCAGACGAGACCUCCGAGAUCUUCUCGUUUGCUCGAUCGAUCCGCCUGGGUGUCAAGACAUCGAUGAUGCUCUCCACGCCAGAAAGCUUCCUAACGGCAAUUUUGAAGUAGGUGUACACAUUGCGGACGUCUCGCACUUUGUCAAGCCCAACAAUCCCAUGGAUGCUGAAGCCACUGCCCGAGGCACGACUGUUUAUCUGGUCGACAAGAGAAUUGACAUGUUGCCGAUGCUUCUUGGAACUGAUCUUUGUUCUCUCAAACCCCACGUCGAGAGAUAUGCAUUCUCUACUCUUUGGGAGAUAACUCCCGAUGCAGAUGUCGUGUCUUCUUCUUUCAGCAAAUCUGUAAUCUUAUCCAGAGAAGGGUUUUCAUAUGAACAAGCUCAGAAUAGGAUCGAUGAUCCAAACGCGACCGAUGAAUUGACACAGAGUAUGAGAACUUUAUUGUCCCUAUCACAGAAACUCCGACGGAAACGAAUGGAUGCCGGAGCGUUGAAUCUUUCAAGUCCCGAAGUCAGAAUUGAAGCAGACAGCGAGUCUCCAGACUCUCUUGCUGAUGUCAAGGCCAAGGCGCAUUUGGCCACCAACUCGUUGGUCGAAGAAUUUAUGCUUCUUGCCAAUAUCACCGUGGCGAAAAAAAUCCAGUCUGUUUUCCCUCAGACGGCGCUGCUACGACGCCAUGCAUCACCGCCGGCUUCCAAUUUCACUGAUCUCGGCGAGCAACUGAAGCGCAUGCGUGGGUUUGAGCUAGACGUGUCUAGUUCCAAAGCCCUCGCAGACUCAUUAGAUCGCUGCAUUGAUCCGAGCCACCCAUUCUUCAACACCUUGAUUCGGAUCAUGGCAACACGAUGUAUGACUUCAGCCGAGUACUUCUGCAGCGGAUCUCACGCGGAACCAGAGUACCGACAUUAUGGUCUUGCCAGUGAGAUCUACACACAUUUCACCAGCCCGAUCCGACGAUACGCUGACCUCCUUGUCCAUCGCCAACUGGCCUAUGCGAUCGGCUAUGACGGCCAAGGAAGCGAAAUGGUUGACGACGGUCUUCGCAAUAAGGGAAAAUUGGACAGGGUCUGCCAGAAUCUCAAUUUCAGACACAGAAAUGCUCAACUAGCAGGGAGAGCGAGCAUCGAGUACUAUGUCGGGCAAGCACUAAAGACAAGAGCGAAGAACACCGCAGAUGCGGCCAUUGAUGCCGACGCAUACGUGAUGCGAGUGUUCGAGAAUGGGAUCGUGGUCUUUGUUCCUCAAUUUGGUAUUGAAGGACUGGUUCGUCUUGAAGACUUUCAAUUGAAGACGGAUGAGGUCUUGAGGCGGGAGAGUGACUUUGAUGCGGAUGCAUACCGGCUGACCGUCUUUGAGAAGGGUCAUGAACGAGAGGCUGUGACCGUUGAAUUGUUCCAACAGCUUAAGGUUCGAGUUAGUUCGGAAGAGAAGGACGGUGCCAGAGAGAAGGGCAAGAGAAGGGUUCGAGUGGUAGUUUUAUCUUGA